AUGUCUAGAGGAUGUCUAAGUUGUCUCAACAUCAUAUUUUUGAGGAAGAAGGAGCAGAGUAAGAAACAACAACACAAUCCAGUAAAAACAGAGGAUGUUGUGGUUGAGCCAGUAGGAGUAAAAUAUGAUGACGAAGAAAGCUCGGGAAAGAAGAACGACGUCAUGGGAUCACCGGGGUACAGAAAAUCUGAGUAUAUGUAUAUUAGUGACAUUGUUUAUGGGAAACUUGGGGAAGGUGAUUCUUCUUCAUCCUUGAGAAACGAUUUCAACAAAGUAAAGAGCUUUGACUUACGAGGAGUGACAAAAACAGAGGAGAGCUACGGUAGAAGAUAGGACUUAAGAGUAUUGAGAUGUAAUGUUUCCUCAUGUUUAACAUUUUCACAAGCUAGCUCUAGAUUACUCUCUUUCUCAAAAGCUUUUGUGUAUGUUGAAAAAAUAUAUGGAUCUCUAUAGUGUGAUUAUGCUAUCUUGUUGCAACAAGAACAUACUUUUUUUUGUGUAAUCUAGGCAAAAAAUAACUUCUAAAUAAAAAUAU